AUCACGACGAAGAACAAACUGACUGUCAAUUCCAAUUGUCAAAACCUGUCAAAAAUUCCAAAAAGUUUACUUGGGAUAGGAAAAGAGCAUUGGUUGAAGUGGACUGAAUUUGCAGAAAUGGGGGGACAUGGCCACGGUCAUCACGAACCUUACACGAUCCCAGACUAUAAAAUAUUCAAAGUAGCUGACGUUCCUGAAUUAGUAGCAGUAGAAAAAGCUCUGGCUGCUCAAGGUUUGAAAGACCCCUGGCUGCGCAAUGAAGUCUGGCGAUAUAACGUUAAAGAAUGGGGAACUGAGAAGGCCCGUGGAAGACUAAUUUUCUUUAGAGGUUUCAAAUAUGGCUUUGCAGCUUUCCUCGUAACUAUUGCUGGCACUGCCUUGUAUGACAAAAUAUAUCCUAGUGAUCAUGGACACGGCAGCCACGAUCACAGCAGUGACCAUUAAUAUUAUGAAUUAUUAGUGUAGUUGUACAAUGUUAUUGAAUAUAAUAGGUUUUAAAAUA